UGAUUAUAUAAAUAUAUAUAAGGGGGGGCGGCAGUGGCCCCGGGGGGAGAUACCGGAGGUGUUCCUCAGACCGUCUCUAUUCGCCGAGUUCACCUCGCGCGCGUGCGCUUCCCUAGCGGACAUCGCCUAGCAGCCGGCAACCAUGCCCAUCGAAGACACGGGGAGCAAGCCGGACUUCUCGGACGAGGAGAAGAAGGCCAUUAAGGACUCGUGGAGCGGCGUCUACUCCGAAUACGAGUCGGCGAGCUCUGAGAUACUCAUUAAGUUCUUCGUGGACAAUCCAUCCGCGCAGGACUUCUUUCCCAAGUUCAAGGACCUGGACUCGGAGGAGAAGCUCAAGAACUCCACGGCGGUGCGCUGGCACGCCGAGAGGAUCAUCAACGCCGUCAACGACGUCAUCUGGCUCCUGGACGAGCCCGAAAAGAACGCCAAGAAUCUGAAGGAGCUGAGCGAGAAGCACGCGGUGCAGCUCAACGUCGAUGCCAAGUUCUUCAAGGUCCUGGCUGAGCUGAUCCUGGACAAGGUGGCAGAGAAGAGCGGCGACUCCUUCUCGGACAGCGCUCGCUCUGCGUGGGAGAAGCUGCUGACCUACAUCUGCAUCAGCCUCAAAGUCGCCUACUAAAAAUACAUGUCGCUUUUCAAAUAAAAUGCAAGUCAAAUUCCUGCUCAAACGAGCAGCAGAUAACCACACAACACCCACGUACAUGCUACGUGCAAAAUCUUAGAAUGUUGGUGCUUAAAUUACAGAAAUAAAGAUGCAUUCGAGGUUUUAAAAUAGACAAUGAUUUAUAAUUAUUUCAAACCCAUCCCCCCCACUUUUUAAAUUCAGAUAGAUGUCCAAAUAUUGACGUGAAAUAAAUGGCAGUUAAUGAGUUGGCAUCAGAGCGCAAAGUGAGCUCCACGCUCCCACCGUCGAAAAGAUUACGUCUUGUUCAUUCAAUCACCGGUCCUAAUAAAAUUACGUUUUAAGAUAAAAGCGUGGUCACUGCAGGGUUGUUCGUCACAAUUAGGCUUGCAUGAGUCACGUUAUAUAAUUUUGCUUGUGGAGGAAUUUGUGACUAUUUAGUAAACUACAAGAGCUGUCCUAUGAAAUGCAUCCUUGGCGUAGCUCUAUGCAAAAUGAGUGGCAAGCCCGUUGGGAUUGAAGUAAUCAAUGAUGUAAUUAAGAUUUGAAGUCGUCGUGACUGCAGGGAUCCAUGCCAAAGAGUAAUGACUGCAGGGAUCCAUACCAAAGAGUAAUGAUUUAAUUACCACUUUGAGGGCUCACAUGUAACCUGUCACCCUCCCGUCCGCAUCAUACGAGACCCCCCCCCCCGCACCCCUCCCUCCCUGCUGGACAUCCGUGAGCCUACCGAACAUCUGUAACAAAAAAGAGCUUCAUAGUUCAUCGGAUUUCUCCAGGUUGAAUAAAGAUUCAGAUUUUUCUCCCAAA